AUGUGUAAUGGAGAAUUUUUUGACAAAGAGCCUGAGGAAGCAUUUGAAUAUUUUGAUUACCUUGCUGAAAAUGCUCAAUCUUGGGACACAACUGAUGUGCAUGAUAGGUCUAGGCAAGUUGAGUCUGGUCAUGGAAAAUAUACUUUAAAAGAAGAUGAUGAUUUGCGUGCUAAAUUAACCUUGUUGUCUAGAAAAAUAGAAGCUAUGGAAUUGAAAAAGGUAAAUGAAGUGCAUGCUGUCCAUAAGAAUUCAGAGAAGUGUAGCAUAUGUGAGGAUCAUGGGCAUUCAACUAAUGAGUGUCCCACGAUCCCCGCAUUCAAAGAGAGGAAUGACCAGCAAUUAGCUCCAGCAGCCUUGGCUCCAAGACCCUCUCAACUCGCAAUUCAAGCACCUCCAAUGCAAAAGAAGGGAGUUGAGGAGACGAUGCAUCAAUUGUCAAACACCUUGCAGCAGUUUAUGCAAGGUCAAGCAACAAUCAACAAUCAAAACUCUCAAGCGAUAAAUGACAUUCGGAGCACACUUACAAAGAUGACUACGGCAUGGAGCUCUCAAGAGAAAGGAAAACUUCCUACACAACCACAACCCAAUCCACAAAGUCAGCCAUCACAAGGAGCGGUUGAGAGUUCAAAUGUGAGGCAAAGGAAGGCGGUCACUACUUUGAGAAAUGGUAGGGUGGUGAGCAUUCCAGCUCAAGGUUCAGACAAGGCUGGUAAGAUUUUAGAAAUAUUCAAGCAAGUUAGGAUUAAUAUCCCUUUGUUGGAUGCCAUUCAACAAAUUCCUACAUAUGCUAAGUUUCUAAAAGAUUUGUAUAUGGUUAAAAGGAAGUUAAAUGUGCAAAAGAAAGCUUUUCUUACUGAGCAGGUCAGUGCCAUAAUUCAGAGCAAUACCCCACCAAAAUAUAAAGACCCCGGUUCACCAACAAUUGCUUGUGUUAUAGGAAGUUCAAAAAUUGGUCAAGCAUUGUUAGAUCUAGGUUCAAGUGUGAAUUUACUGCCUUAUAAUGUUUAUGAGCAACUUGGUUUGGGGGAAUUAAAACCAACUCCUAUCAUUUUACAACUAGCGAAUAGGUCUAUUAAAAUGUCAAGAGUAGUUGUUGAGGAUGUCUUGGUUCAAGUGGAUAAAUUCUUUUAUCCCGUUGAUUUUGUUGUGCUGGAUGUUCACUUGACACCAAAAUCUUCUUUUCAAGCACCUGUGAUUCUUGGGAGACCUUUUCUUGCUACUUCAAAUGCAUUAAUAAAUUGUAGGAGUGGUGUUUUAAAGCUGAGUUUUGGGAACAUGACCCUUGAAUUAAACAUUUUCAAUAUUUGUAGGCAACCUCAAGACUUGGAAGAUGUACAAGAAGUAAAUUUGUUGGAAAGCAUCCUUGAAGAGGAGACUUAUUUGGCAUACCAGCCCACUAACCUGCUGUUUGAGUUAGAAAAUAUUCGUGAACUCCUCACUGAUGACACCCCCAUUGAUGUUUCUCAUGUUUUUAAUGCAGAAAAUAAAUUUGAGACUAAAUGGAGGCCAAAAAUUGAGCAACUCCCACCGUUGACAGCAAGUUUGAAACCUUCAGCAAAUGAAAUCCCAACACUAGAGCUGAAGUCAUUGCCAAAUGACUUGAAAUAUGCAUUUCUGGGACCGGACAGCACAUUCCCAGUGGUGAUUUCAGCCCAACUCUCUCAUGAUCAAGAAGGGAAAUUGAUGGAAGUCUUAAAGCAACACAAAGGUGCCAUUGGGUGGACAAUCGUAGAUAUAAAAGGUAUAAAUCCUCUUGUGUGCACUCAUAGGAUUUAUUUAGAAGAAAAUGCUAAAGUCUCUAGGGAGAUGCAAAGGAGAUUAAAUCCUACCAUGAAAGAGGUGGUAAAAACAGAGAUUUUAAAAUUACUUGACGUGGGAAUCAUCUACCCUAUUGCGGACAGCAAGUGGGUAAGUCUCAUUCAUGUAAUUCCAAAAAAAUCUGGGCUUACCAUUGUGAAAAAUGAUAAAGAUGAACUGAUUCCUACUAGGAUUUCUACUGGUUGGCGAAUGUGUAUAGAUUAUAGGAAGUUGAAUGCCGCCACUAGGAAAGAUCAUUUCCCUUUGCCAUUUCUUGAUCAAGUAUUAGAAAAAGUUGCGGGCCAUGAUUUCUAUUGCUUUCUUGAUGGAUAUUCUGGUUUUUACCAAAUAGAAAUAGCGCCUGAAGAUCAAGAGAAAACAACUUUUACUUGCCCGUUUGGCACUUUUGCAUUUAGAAGAAUGCCUUUUGGACUAUGUAAUGCACCAGCUACUUUCCAAAGAUGUAUGCUUAGUAUUUUCAACGACAUGAUUGAAAACUGUUUGGAAAUAUUCAUGGAUGAUUUUUCAGUGUUUGACAGUUCUUUCGAUACAUGUUUGACUAACUUACAAGUUGUUUUAGCCAGGUGUGAGGAGAAGCAUUUGCUUCUCAAUUGGGAAAAGUGUCAUUUCAUGGUUCAACAAUGCAUAGUUCUUGGUCACAUAGUCUCAUCACGAGGUAUUGAGAUCGAUAAAACUAAGAUUGAACUUAUCUCCAAGCUUCCUAUACCCAAAACAGUAAAAGAAAUCAGAUCAUUUCUUAGGCAUGCUGGGUUUUAUAGGCGAUUCAUUCAAAAUUUUAGUUCUAUCUCUAAGCCCUUGUGUGAGUUACUUAUGCAUGAUGUUGCUUUUGAAUGGACCUCUUCUUGUCAAGAUGCUUUUGAUAAGCUGAAAAUUUUGCUCACCACAGCCCCUAUCAUGCAGCCCCCUGUUUGGUCUAUUCUUUUUGAGAUAAUGUGUGAUGCUAGUGAUGUAGCCAUAGGAGCUGUUCUUGGACAGCGUAGAAAUAAGUUCUCACAUGUCAUUUCUUAUGCAAGUAGAACUUUAAAUGGAGCCCAAAGAAAUUAUUCUACCACAGAAAAUGAAUUGCUUGCUAUAGUUUUUGCAUUAGACAAGUUUCGAACUUAUAUUCUUGGUUCUCCUGUGGUUGUUUUCACUGACCAUGCAGGGUUAAAGUACUUAUUGUCGAAAAAGGAUGCUAAACCACAUUUAAUCCGAUGGAUUCUUCUUCUCCAAGAAUUCGACCUUAUCAUCAGAGACAAGAAGGGUGCUGAAAAUGUAGUUGCCGACCACUUGUCUCGGCUUACAUUUGCUGAAAAGGAUCACACUAUCCUUAUCCUUGACUCUUUUCCUGAUGAACAAUUAAUGUCAGUUGAAAAUUUGCCUUGGUUUGCUGACAUAGUUAAUUUUUUGGUGACAGGACAAACUCCACCCCAUUGGAGUGCUCAAGACAUACGAAAAUUCAAGCAUGAGGUAAAGUCAUUCUUCUAUGAUAAUCCUUACUUGUUUAAAUAUUGUUCUGACCAAAUCAUAAGGAAAUGUGUGCCUGAUCAUGAGAUACAAGCUGUCUUUCUUUUUGUCAUAAUGAGGCUUGUGGGGGGCAUUUUUCUGCAAAUAAAACCAUUGUAA